UUUUAUUUCUUUCUUUUACUUUUACAUCUUAUUAUGGGUCUAUUGUCUAAUUUAUUUAAAAGGAAUCAAACGACAACUUAUACAAGAUUACCAAAUUCAACAACAUUUAUUAUACCAAAACGAUGGAGACCUUUUACAGUUAUUAAAUAUACCAUUUUAAUAGUGCUCACUAUUGUUAUCUCCUUCUUUACCAUUUGUCAAUUACAACUUAAUGUUCGAGUUUAUUUACGUAACUGGAUUUCUCAUGCUGAUGAUGCCUAUUAUGAACCAUUAGCUGGAUGCUUUGAUAGCUUACCAGAUGAUAGUCCUUAUUUGAAUGGUAUUCAACAAUAUGUGUAUGAUGUAGCCCCAGGCAUAAGUUUGAUGGAAGAUUAUGACUGUUAUGAUUUUGCAGCUACCAUCAAGGCGGAUCCUACCAAGGCCUUGAAUGAAACAAUUAUUUAUCAUGCCUAUUGGCGAUCCGAUUUAUCGCCUGUAGGGCCCAAGCAGCUUGCUACUUUAAGAUCCUUUUUCGCUACACAAAACCCAAAUAAUACGGUAGUUUAUCUAUGGUCAAAUGGAGAUUUGUCACUCUCCCCUAUUAUUCAAGAGAUCAAGAGCCAUGUGGGUGACCGACUUGUGACAAAGAUAUACGAUCCUCAUGAAUUAGCCAAGGGGUCCCCCAUGGAGGGUUCAGGACAUCUUGAUUUUAAAGAUAGCAGUGGGUAUUUAGAUGGAGACCUUGUUCGAUUAUUAGCUAUUUAUCGAUAUGGAGGCAUGUGGUUUGAUAUGGACAGCUUAUUUAUUCGAGACAUGGCACCUCUGAUGGAGCAUGAAUGGUUAUCUCAAUGGGAUUGUUUCUUACCGAACGGCUUCCCCUUUAAUGGCGCCUUUAUGCGAUUUCACAAGCAAUCCCCUUACCUGUGUGAGAUGUUAUCUGAGUUAGCCUCGGGCCCUUUACCUAGACCUGAUACGAUUGAUUGGGGGGGAUACAUGUAUUAUAGAAUUUAUCGACGUUUAUUACAUCAUGGUAUUCGACCAUGGUCCGUUUUACCUUGGUGCUUUACUGAUUCAAUGGUCUGCAGUCCCAAGAACUCUAUGCCAAAUGCCUUUAUUGAAGCAGAGUUUAAUCAAGAUCGAUUAUUACAGACCUUUGCUUAUCAUUGGCAUAAUCAAUGGAAGAAAGAGCCUGGCUCGUUAUUUAAGUUUUUAGAAAAUAGACAUAAAAAUGUGACUGGUUGGUAAUAAAUUAUAUUAAUAAAUAAAUAAGCGAAUAAGCGAGGUACUGCCCAAAAAAAAAAAAAAAAAAAAAAAAAAAAAAGAAA